GAUUUCCCGGGGAGGUCCUUUCUGGGCCCCCGGCGGAGGUGGGGGAGAGGCGGGCAGGAGCCGAGGCCAGGGAGCCCUCUGCGUCAGCUGCCGCUUACUGCGCCGCGCCAGUACCAGCCAGGACUCACCCGCAGCUCCAUGCUUGUGCCCGGUUCGGCUCGUUCAUCCUCUGAGAAGAGGCAGCCCAUGAGGCUCCUGAUCCCCAGUGAGCGCUGUCCUGAAGGAUGUCCCAGCUUUCCUCCACCCUGAAGCGCUACACAGAAUCAGCCCGCUACACAGAUGUCUCUUACGCCAAAUCAGGCUAUGGCACCUACACCCCCUCCUCCUACGGGGCCAACCUGGCCACCUCCUUCCUGGAGAAGGAGAAGCUUGGUUUCAAGCCAGGCCCUCCCACCAGCUUCCUCACCCGUCCCCGCACCUAUGGCCCCUCCUCCAUUCUGGACUAUGACCGGGGCCGCCCUCUGCUGAGACCCGACAUCAUCGGGGUUGGUAAGCGGGCGGAGAGUCAGACCCGGUGCACUGAGCGGCCUUCAGGCAGUGGACUCAGUGGGGGCAGUGGAUUCGCUUAUGGAGUGACCAACAACUCCCUCAGCUACAUGCCCAUGAGCGCCCGCGACCAGGGGAUAACCCUGACGCAGAAGAAGUCGAACAGCCAAUCAGACCUGGCCCGGGAUUUCUCCAGCCUCCGGACCUCAGAUAGCUACCGGAUAGACCCCGGGAACCUGGGCCGCAGCCCCAUGCUGGCCAGCACACGCAAGGAACUCUGCGCCCUGCAGGGGCUCUACCAGGCAGCCAGCCGCUCCGAGUACCUGGCCGACUACCUGGAGAACUAUGGUCGCAAAGGCAGCGCACCUCAGGUGCCCACCCAGGCCUCUCCCUCACGAGUCCCUGAAGUCCUCAGCCCCACCUACCGACCCAGUGGCCGCUACACACUGUGGGAGAAGGGCAAGGGCCAGGUCCCUGGGCCCAGCCGCUCCAGCUCCCCAGGGCGAGACACUAUGAAUUCUAAGAGCGCCCAGGGUCUGGCUGGUCUGCGAAACCUUGGGAACACGUGCUUCAUGAACUCGAUUCUGCAGUGCCUGAGCAACACCCGGGAGUUGAAAGAUUAUUGCCUCCAGAGGCUCUAUAUGCGGGACCUCAGCCACAGCAGCAAUGCACACACAGCCCUCAUGGAAGAAUUUGCAAAACUAAUUCAGACCAUAUGGACUUCAUCCCCCAAUGACGUGGUGAGCCCAUCUGAGUUCAAGACCCAGAUCCAGAGAUAUGCACCGCGCUUCGUUGGCUAUAAUCAGCAGGAUGCUCAGGAGUUCCUUCGCUUUCUUCUGGACGGGCUCCAUAACGAGGUGAACCGAGUAACAGUGAGGCCUAAGUCCAACCCUGAGAACCUUGAUCAUCUUCCUGAUGAUGAGAAAGGACGACAGAUGUGGAGAAAAUACCUAGAACGGGAAGACAGUAGGAUUGGGGAUCUCUUUGUUGGGCAGCUAAAAAGCUCCCUGACGUGUACUGAUUGUGGUUACUGUUCUACAGUCUUUGAUCCCUUCUGGGACCUCUCACUGCCCAUUGCUAAGCGAGGUUAUCCUGAGGUGACAUUAAUGGACUGCAUGCGGCUCUUCACCAAAGAGGAUGUGCUCGAUGGCGAUGAAAAGCCAACAUGCUGUCGCUGCCGAGCCAGAAAACGAUGUAUAAAGAAGUUCUCCAUCCAGAGGUUCCCAAAGAUCUUGGUGCUCCAUCUGAAGCGGUUCUCAGAAUCCAGGAUACGAACCAGCAAGCUCACAACAUUUGUGAAUUUCCCACUAAGAGACCUGGACUUGAGAGAAUUUGCCUCAGAAAACACCAACCACGCUGUUUACAACCUAUAUGCUGUGUCCAAUCACUCCGGAACCACCAUGGGCGGCCAUUAUACAGCCUACUGCCGAAGUCCAGUGACAGGCGAAUGGCACACUUUCAAUGACUCCAGCGUCACACCCAUGUCCUCCAGCCAAGUGCGCACCAGCGACGCCUAUUUGCUCUUCUACGAAUUGGCCAGUCCACCUUCUCGUAUGUAGCAGUGAGGAACUAUAACCCUUCUCCUUUCCAUGUGGUGGCCCCACACCCUAAGUUUUAAAAAAAAAACAAAAACAAACGAAAACCUGACAAAUAGGAGAAAAAUAAACUAAACACUGCCGAGCAGAAGUGGAUUUAGCCUGGUCAGGGUCUGGAGUGGGGAGCCAGGUGCUCCUGAGCCGUGAUCUAGCGAGGAAGAUUGACUGGACAUGGAGACCAGUGUCAGCACAGUGCUCCCUCGGCUUCUCUUGUUUGCAUUUUUAAGCUUGUUUUUUCCUGCGUGUAAUAAACAACAGUGGUAUGUGGGGAGAAGAUCCUCAUCCACCAGCUGCCCUUUCCAGCCCUCACGCCUUCUGGGAAGACGGCGCCCUCUGGAGCCUGCUGGGAGCAUCGCUGCCUGGAAACGCCACGCCGCUGAGGAGCCUGGCGUCCCAUCUCCACCAGGACCUGCUCACCGGUCCAGAGCACGAAAACACACAUGAGCCAAGAGCCCUCUUAAAGCUGCUAACUCCAGGGGGACAGAUGAGGGGACAUCUUUGAAAAAAGCUGGUUUUGGUUUUUAAAAACCCACCUUUUCAGACUGGAGAUGCUCUCCUUCACACCUCAUCACAGCUGGGACAUUGUACUGGUCCUUUUUUUCUUUUUUUUUUUUAAUUUUUCAAGUACAUCUUUUCUAAAGCUAACCCCUUGUGGUGCUAGGUGGGUGUUGGCCAGGCCCCAAGCACAGUCACAGUCACACUAGAUCUGGGAUCUAAACAAGUUUUGUUUUUUGAGUUUGUUUUUUUUUUUUUUUAAAUGUUUUGGAUGGAAUCUAGUUGCCUCCAAGAAUUGUGCCUUAUAGCAUUUGGGGACCAAGGGGUAACUGCCCCUCCCUGAAAUGUCCAUCAGCCUCUUCCCUUUUCUCCAGUGCCAUGUUCAAAUCUGCUGGGGGAAAUAGGGGUCCUGCCCUUAGCCCUUGGCAUGCUGUGCAUUGCAGUGAGAAGAGGAAAGUAGGUAAAAGGAGAUUUCUUAUGAUAGUAUAUCAAGUUCUUCCUGCCCACUUUCUCUAAUCCCCAGGCUACUCCCCAGCUGUUUGAAGGAUAGCACAAGCCCCUCACCCCUAGAGCUUCUCUUACCUUUUAUUUAUUCUCUUCUUAACAUCCCUUUUCCCCCCACCCCCUUCUCAGAGCCUCAUAGGCACAGGCCCUUUGGACCGAGUUUCUCAGGGGUGCCCAUUGGUCUUCAGCCCUGCCCUGGGAGCUGGAGCCUGGGUGUCUGGGGACAUCUUGCCUCAGUCAUAUGAUUCUUUCCCAUGGGCUUGAUUUUGCCCUAAGUAGUUGGACAGAGCUCCAUGCUGUCUCAGAGAGUAAAGCUGCUCAGUACUAAGGCAUGGAGCUCUGCGCACCUUUGCACACCUGCACAGCUGGGCCUGGCUCAUGCCCUUUGGAGCCUGGACCUUCCAGUGCUCACAAGAGGAGGCAUCCGAGAAAGACACCCUGAGUUUAACUGGCCUGACACCCUUCUCCAGAGAAGACCUGUGAACCUGAGCUCAAGGGCUGGUGUACACUUGUUUACUGUGUAAGCAAGAGUAGGAGAAUGUCUAAUGUACAGUGGAACCUUGUACAGAAUAAAUAAUAGCUUUGAGAAAUAA